AUUUUAAGUUAGUAUUUCGGUUCGGUACUAGUUAAGUUUUGUUCCUUAGUUCGUGGAGUUUAGUUUACACUAGUUGGUGUUUCGUUUCCGGCGCGUACAAGCGGUGAAAAUCGCCUCCGAAAAAAUCUUCGUGGGAUCCUCAGCAAACUGCUGCGUGAAGAAGAGAGUUGGGCCAAAGAAUUCAGGACACCCAGCGCAGACAGAGAGGCCCAUAUAAGGCAGGCAGAGUAAGCAGAGCAGAGCGACCGUCAACAUCAGCAGUGUGGAUAGAGAGGGCGACUGUGGAAAAAUGUUGGGCGUACGCCAGGGAUGGUGUGUUGGUGAGAAUGGAACUACAAAAUGAUGAUGGUAGCGGUUCAGCCCUUUGCCUGCUAAGGUGUAUUACAACGCUCGUAAAUGAUGACUUGUCGUGAUUACGACCCGAUGGGAAAAUGAAACAUCAAUGAUACACCUACUUUGACGUCGCGAAAACAACACAAAAAAGCACAACAUUCCACCGACGUGAGACUGGGGAGCUGCUGCUGGAGGAAUUUUGAAAAACAGUACGAUAAUUGUGUGCAGCGCAAACUGUGAUUCACCCCGCCACUUGAAAGUGGCUCAACGUUCUAGCCAGUCUGGAUUUAAUCAGCGUAUGGUGACAACAGCCGAUAUUCAUUAGUUCGCUGCUGCAGCUACGUCGAAAGGAAAGCGAGCUGAAUCAUUACACAGGCUAACCACAGCUGAGCGCAGCAGUAGAGGAUGGCCUUUUGACCUCGGUCAAUUGAGGAGUGAUAAGAUCUGCGCCAACGGCCAAAAGGAAAACGAAGCAACAGUUUGCAACUGUAGCGUAGCGUGUGUGGGGUAUAAUAAUAACAGAAACAAAAUGAGUAUGUGUGUGGAAAUAAUAAUACAAGGCUUAUCUAAUCUGGCAAAACAGUGAAUCGGUUGACUGCCAUCCGCCAGUCGGACCCAGAGUUGGCCCAAGUGUUCAGAAGAAGAAACGUGCUGUCGCGUCCAUGUGUAAAUGUACUUGAACAAAGGCUUUCUAGUUCGGUUGGAACGUCGUGUGCGAGUACAAUAUGUGGUUGUGGUUCGCUUCGAGCUGUUAUGAGAAGUGAGAGCGCGAAUUGCAUUAAUUAUAAUCAGUAAAACCUCAAUGGAAGGUCUUUUCUUGUGUGGCGGCGGCGACGACAGCAGCAGACUGGCAGUCGAUCAAUGACGAUGAUGAUUCAUGAGGGCGAUCACAGCAUAGAGUACUUGUAGCAGCACUACCGUACUGGUAUAUAGGAGAAAGGCAUAUCUAGGAUCAAGAUCGAAAAGAAACAUGGGUGAUGCUAAGGUGAAGCAACCCUACUUUGGAACUCCGCCUCAUCAACAGGCGACUACAUCGAAGGCCGGCCUAGUGGUAUCACCAACCACCAUGAUUGAUACGCUGAAACCCAGUGGGAAGGACGAUGCAGCUUCCAAAAGUCCUACGAAAUAUGAACUCCUGAAGGCGCGCAAAGCCGAGCUCGAGAAACGACUCAACGAGAAGUAUGCGCAGCUACAGCAAAUCAAGCGAGAAGAGGCUCAGCUUAUUGGCAUGUAUCCGAGCGAUUUCAGUUCCGGUGUUGGAAGUCAAGAUCAGAACGGAGCGGCACCGACGUUGAGGCGGAAGAUUGGUACAAGCUUUAAACUACCGGAGAACCUUUUGAACAACAAAGAAGACGACAUUAACAAGCUGUUGCUGGAGAAGCAAAUCCAGCAGCAAAUAUCGGAAGCUUCGUUGAGGUUUGCUAACGAUACGUCGCAGCCAAAAUCGGUACGGAGGACACACAAGCAAAACUAUGAAUCUGCUCAGCAAAAGUUGCUGGCUAUGAAUCAAAACUUGAGUCUUUUGAAAAAGCGCCAACAACAGCAAGCCGAACAGCAGAAACCUCCUCCUGCAACCAGAGAUGACAUCGACCUCCACAAAAACAGUAAUGCGAAUCGUUUCCGGUCAAACAGCAACAGUAUGAUGCUCAACAUGUCGGAACGACGGAAUUCGAUCAAAUCGAACAAUUCCUCGAAUCACUCCAGUAAUCUUAUAGCACCGGGUGGACCAAUGCAGAAGCAGCAGCAGCUGCUUGUACAAAUCCCACCUCAACAUUCGGCUCACUACCAUUCACAGCAGAUAUCACCGUACUCCAUACAUUCGGGAACCCUCUCGGUAAUGCCAUCCGGUUCGCAGAGUAUGACUCCUGCAGCAUCGGCCGCGAUGGUGUCUCAGCUGAGUAUGCUACGGCAUCGAUCUCGAUGUGACAGCUUCAGCGGUAUCAUGAGCUACGAUCUUUCCGGAGCAGCGAUUGAUCCCGCAAAAAUGUCUCCUGUCAGUAGCAACAGCAGUCAUCAUCACCACCAGCACCCGCAUCAACACUAUCAACCGCAGCAACAACCGCAACCUCAAAGUGGAGCUAAUCGCUUGAACAAGUUGAUGCAGCAACAGCAGAUGCAGAGUUACAGCCCACCACCGGGACAUCACCAGCAUGGAAGCAGUCCCGGAUACGUACUAUCGCCCCCGGCAAGUGCUUCGUCGAACACCGUUGGACAAGCGUUCGUAUAUGAUACAAAAAUGAUUUCACGAUUCCAAGCUCCUCCUCCUCCUCCGGCUCCUGCAUCAACUGGCCAAGGUGUCCAGAACGAUCAGGGUUAUGGAUCCAGCAUACCACAAAAUAGCAAUAGCUACGAUUCACAGCAGGAAAUGACGACGUCCGGUCUUGGUGGCUACUGGAUGAUGCUUGAAACGGGAGAAAAGGUUUGGUGUUCGGUGGAUUCACGAUUCUCCAGUUUAGAUCGGAAACAGGGUGGUGGCAGCAUGAAGAUAUCUCGUUCCAAGCUUAGCCAGUAUCCCCACGCAGCUCCUAUCAAGAGCAAUUCGAUGGGAAACUUUGAUUUUAUCAACAAACAGCAACAGCAGCAGCUGGAAGACUCGAUACAACCCGACGCAAUAUCGGUUACUUCAGCUUCCAGUGAGAACAAGAAACGGGAAAAGGUCUGGAGAGAAACAUCGUUAGACAGUCCGGUUGUGAAGCACAGGACGAUUCCAUCUCCAUCGCCUGGGAUGAUGUCGAAUCCACCUCCGCUUCCGGCGUAUCCUCAACCUCCACCACCACCUCCUUCUUCACAACAUGUGCAGCAACAAGCUCACCUACAAACUCCUCUACACGUCAAUACCAGUCACAAUUACGGUGUAUCGCCAUCGUCACCCCUCCUCUUAUCACCUCAACAAAUGCGAUACUACCAUCAGCGACAAGAACAACAACGUCAAAGAAUUAAACAACUAGAAGAACAGAAGCAACAUGCUUACAUGCUCGAACAGCAGCAACAACAACAUCAGCGGCUCUUACAGCAGAAGCAUCUUCGUUCUCCGCCACAAUUGCCAAAGCAUCAACACAACAACUACAGUCAACAGUCGCAACCGGCAAGCCAGCAACAUUUGGACCUGCUGCCUCAAUCUCCUCGGUUCUACGACCACGAGAACCACAAUCUACCACCGCACUACUACCAAUCGCAGGAACAUCCGUCGCAGAACAAUCUCUCCGCACGGCAUCCCGAUCUCCUCAUAUCGCCCACACUCUCAGCGUCCUCAUCCAACACGUUGACGUCGCCAACGUUACGGCCAUAUUCAUCCGUUUCCCCAACCCCCUCGACCAUCACUACGACCUCGACGGCAGCGAUCAUCCACGCAACGCCGGACAUCCAAACGGAAUCACCCAAAAACGUAACCAUUGUGCAGCAGGGUAAAAUCAUGCCGUACAAGGAAGUUACCAAACCCUUUGAGAUGUCCGACUUUUACAAGUACUCUACCAAGUUUAAAGAGAAGAAGCAACAGCAGCAGCAGCAGCAGCACCACCACCACCAGGGUCAGCAUCACCAGAUGCACCAGCACCAGUUUCAUCACCCGCAACAACAGCAACAACAACAACUGGCUGAUCCGCUAAGUCCCAACGGGAACAGCAUGGGUCCCAACGGAGAGCUGAUGCAGCGAGCGGUCUAUCAACCGCCAAAUCCUUCCAUUUGUAGGCCCAUCAACUACAACUGAGUGUGUUUGACGGGUGCGAUCGGGUAGUCAGCGUAGAUUUUCUCGUGGAAAAUGGACACGUUAGACUAGGAUUUUGAACAUUUUAGUCAGACAUUCCACGAUUAUCAUCAUUUUGAUCACUUGGUAGUACUUUUUUCUUCGUACACCCAUCCGAGAGCGAAAAAAUACUCUGAAAUUCUGAUCAGAGCUUAAACAAUGUUUGUAAAAAACCAUUUUACUCCAAGUAUCAAACCGAAGCGCUUUGGAUGAAAUUCUAACUCUUAAUCACUGUGCUGCGCGAUCUUGUUGGUAGCGGAGAGGCAGAACGCAAUCAGCGUUGCACUCUGGAAGGUUGGCGAACGAAGUUUAUCAUUUCUUUGCAGUAUAGCUGUCAACGGAUGUCAGUAGUUUUGCCAUCACUGAAUUGAAGUGUAGUUUGGUCUGGGUGUAAAACCUUUUUUUGCUGAUUUAAAUCUUCAAGGAAACAGAAUCACUCAUUUGUCACAAGUUAUUAAUGAUUGGUUUUUCAUCUGUACUAUUUUUUUCAAUUUCUACAGUUUGAUCGUCAAGACUUUCACUGUCUUUCACCGACCACAAGUACAUAGUCACAAACAAGGUUUAUUGAAAAACACUGAAGAAUAAAUAUCAAUCAAAACAUAUGUGCGUGAAAGUGUAUGCUAAUUAAUACUGGUAGUCUGCGCAGCUAAAGCGAUACUGAUGUGUUGUGUAUUAAACAAGUUUGCAUGAAUAAACAAAGUCAUUAAAAAGAGCAAAGAAUGCGCCCAACAACACAUCCAACCGAGCGAGGAAGAGGCAGUCGUUGAUGAUAAAGCAGAAAAACUGAUCAAUGAUGAUGAUAAUGAUGGUCGAUGUCGAUGAUGAUACGUACUGCUGCUGGUGGAAUGAUUCUCACUUGCGUUUGCGAAGAGCAGCAGCAGCAACAACAGUUCGUUAUAAAGCCCCCCACUGACUGGUGUAAUGCAAGCUUAAAGAGAUUGCAGGUAAACAAAAUUGUUUAUGUUUAACAUAAAAGAAGAGAUAAAGAGAAUAAAAAAAAACGUUAUUACAGUUACGGUGCCUUCGUUAUGAAAGAAAGAGAGAUAGUUCGAUUUCGAGCUAUAAAAGCAGAUAAACAAAUACAAAUUGUUGUGUAAACAGUGUAGUGUUUGAAUAUGAAUGAUCGUAACCCGAAAAAAAACAAAAUGACUUUUACAAGACAUUUUAGUGAUAUUUUUGAAAACACAUAGACAAAUUACGUGCGGUAAAGUUUGCAAACCCUUCCAACAGAACACUUACAGAUUUUUUUCUGACAGAGUUUGUCGAGAAUAAUAAGACUUAAACACGUAGCAGCUGGAAUAGCAAGUAUGAUCAAAUGCAUUUAAUUAAAAAAAGAAAAUCGAACAAGCGAAACCAACCAACUCCUAUGAACUGUAGAAUCAACAAGACUGUUAGCUCACACGAUGUAAUUGAGGAUUCCGAUUUCGAGCUUUUUUGUCGAAAGGAACCGACUUAGGCUAAAGGUUACACACACACACACAACGGUUACUAUGCGUGCUUUUUCCUGUUUGAGGCCUUUAUAUAAAUAGUUUAACAAGUAGUGAAGUAUAGUAAAGCCUUCGGAACACGCAAUGCAAAUUGGCGAUCAAGUAAAUGAAUCAAAAAGUACCUUGCUAAAUUGUAGAUUGUUAGCUUGUAGGAACUGCUAAGUGUAGCAUUUGUAAUUAAAACUUUUUCAAAUCUCCCAGGAUACGAAAAACUUGUAAAACACGAUUUAUUUCUAUGAAGCAAUGAACAAAACAAAAAAAAAA